AUGCUUCCUCUCCUCAUUUUUCAGUCAAAUUCAUUAAUCUAUGAGCUUAAUGAAGCAUAUUAUAAAGCCUUUAUCACAGAAGGCAAGAAAACAAUGCCUUGGUUUAUAAUGUAUUUCACAAAAGAUUGCCCAAAUUGUGAUAAAGUUUCUGCCGAAUUCGAAAAAGCUCAGGAACAUUUAGAUGGAUUCAUAUCGUUUGCAUACGCAGAUUGCAAUAAAAACCCUACAGCUGUAAGAACUAUGAAUAUCAGAGCUGUACCUAUAUUUAUGCUAAUUACAUCUGAAACACAUUAUAAAUUUGAAGGACCAUAUACUACAACGGCAAUGAUCUCCUUCAUUACUGAAAAAUUAAGUGCAAAUAUCGAUGAAAUUGAUGAAACAUGGACUGGCAGAAAAGAUCCAAUGGUUCUUCUAUUCCAUCGCUCAUUCAAAGCUCCUAUGCUACUUACAGCCGCUUCUUCAGCAUUUCAUAAAUAUAAUAUCACAUUCGCGAUGACACGCGACAGCGACGUUAUUAAUGCAUUCGGAAAACCAUCUCUACCAUCUUAUUACUUCUACAAGGACGGCGUAGGAACAAGAUACAAAGGAGAUAAAGAAAUUCAACCAUUUAUCAAGGCAAUUUCCAAGCACUUCGGAUAUAGUAUUGAGUACAAUGAGCUUUAG